AGUUUCCAAAGAUGAUGACGAGGGUAUGAGCGCUUUCGUCCCUUUACAAGUUGUUUUUCCGAUUGUUAAGAAUACUCCCGUGCCCCCACUCAAGGAUUCUACUCCUAUUGCAGCUACUUCAUCAAGAACUUCUCGUUCCGUCCCUUCUGACCACGAGUUGUUGGCUAUGGCAUCGAGGAGGAAAAGGAUGCCUUCUAAAUUGUCAGCAAAUCCUCCAAAGGUUCCCAAGUACCCGACGCCUGAUACUGCCACAGACCCUAAUGCCCCCCAUGAGGAACAUGGGGUUGAUACCUGGGCGAAGCCACCACAAGUUAUGCACUUAUCACUUUCCCCGGAAUUCUGUGAAUUGAAGGAC